UGAAUAGACUGAGAAGAUGCAACACCAGGCCUGAAGUAAAUUAGUUUGAACAGCAUAGUACGCCGCGCCUUUUACUGGGUGACAGCUGGAGUAGGCUUCAGCCUCCGCAUGACCAUCAGUGGGACAAAGCAGGUGGAAAAACAGGGUAAACAAGGAGUAGAGAGUCAGAAUGGCAGGCAGGCUGUCUCUGCCUGAGGAGGACCUGACCUGUCCCAUAUGCUGCGCCAUCUUCAGGGACCCAGUGGUCCUUAAGUGCACCCACAGCUUCUGUGCUCCCUGCCUGCAACAGUACUGGACUGGAAGGGGACGAAGACGGGACUGCCCGCUGUGCAGAACCCAGAACCUGGACGACCCCGUGCCCAGUCUGACCCUGAAGAACCUGUGUGAGUCGUGUGUGCAGGAGGAGAGCCUCCCUGUGGAGGAGACGGGAGGGGAGCUGUACUGCGAUCCAGGAGAGAUGUGCCCUGCCCACAACGAGAAGCUCAAGCUGUAUUGCUUGUUGGACAAAGAGCCCAUCUGUGUGGUCUGCCACACCUCAAGGAAACACAAGCAACACGACUGCUGUCCUGUCAGCGAAGCGGUUCUGGAUGUGAAGGAGAAACUGAAGUCGGCUAUUAGCUCACUGCAGGAGAAGAAGGAAGCAUUUGACAAAAUGAAGAAAAACUGUGAGGACACAGUCACACACAUUCAGGGUCAGGCUCAAUUUGUGGAAAGACGGACACAUGAAGAGUUUGAAAAACUCCACAACUUUCUUCGUUUGGAGGAGGAAUCCCGGAUGGAGACGCUGCAGAGGGAGGAAGAGCAGAAGACGGGACAGUUGAGGCAGAUGAUGGAGGAAAUCGAGAGAAGUAUAUCCUCCAUGUCUGAAACUAUCAGAGUUUUGGAGGAGGAGAUGGCUCUGGAGGACCUCUCUGUCCUUCGUAAAUGCAAAAGUACACUUGCAAGGGCAAAUGUUCCAGUAGAAGAGCCAGUCAUGGCUCCAGAAGCACUAAUAGAUGUGGCCAAAUAUGUCGGCUCUUUAACAUUCCAGGUGUGGGAGAAGAUGCAUAAAAUCGCCAAAUACACUCCAGUCACUCUGGAUCCCAACACGGCGGCCCCAUGGCUUGUCCUGUCAGAUGACCUCACCACCGUCCAUGACAGCGAUGAGAAACAGAGGCUGCCCAACAAUCCGGAGAGAUUCGACCCUGAUACCGCCGUUCUGGGCCGGGACGGCCUGACCUCGGGCAAGCACGCCUGGGAGGUGAACGUGGGAGACAACACGGCGUGGGUCGUCGGCGUGGCGAAGAAGUCCAUCAAAAGGAAGGAGAAAGUGUCUUCAGUCCUGAACAAUGGCUACCUGUGUGUGUACUUUUACCACAAAAUGUACUUUGCCGGUACUUCUCCUUUGACUCGGCUGAAUCUGAAAAGAAAUCCGCAGAGGAUCAGAGUGCAGCUGGACUGUGAAAAGGGCAAAGUGUCGUUCUAUGACCCGCAUAACAACAUGCAUAUCUAUACCUUCAAACACGCCAUCACUGAGGCGGUGUUUCCUUACCUCUGGGUAGGCUGUCAGAAGUGCCCUUUGACGGUUGAACCAGUGGAUGUUUUCCUGAAACUUGCUGAUUUUUGUUAAGACCUCAACUUAGGUGACAAUUUCUUUAACUCUAACUUUUGUUGAGCUGAACUCUCUGUCAUUCAGUUUAAUGUUUUCAGGGUAAACUUACUAAAAACUAAUUUCAUAACAGUAUUUUCAAAGAAAUUAUGAUUUGGAUUUCCCUUUCUAACGAUGGUGAUAGUGUAAUGUGCAAAUAGAUCACCUGAAAGAUUACAGUUCAUGUAUGUAUGACUGAAAUGUAAUUAUGCUACUGUUAGUCAGAUGGGCUGCAUAAUCAUGUUUGGGUUUGUGUUAAUGCCAAUCAAACUUCAUAUGCAAAUGCUAAUUAUAUAUUUAUCAAUAAAAUUCU